GAGCGGGCGGGGCUGGGAGCGCGGCGGCCGCGGCGCCGGCGGGGGGGGGGCGUAGGAGGCUCGGCGCGGCCGCCCCGCAGGGCCGCGGUAUGGGGCGGGUGCAGCUCUUCGAGGUCCGCCUGAACCACGGCCGCGUAGUCUACAGCCCGGGGGAGCCGCUGGUGGGGGCUGUGCGCGUGCGCCUGGCGGCGCCGCUGCCCUUCCGAGCCAUCCGUGUGACCUGCACGGGGUCCUGCAGGGUCUCCAACAAGGCCAACGACUCGGCCUGGGUGGUGGAGGAGAGCUACUUCAACAGCGCUCUGUCUCUGGCUGACAAGGGGAGCCUGCCUGCUGGAGAGCACAGCUUCCCCUUCCAGUUCCUGCUUCCUGCCACGGCUCCCACGUCCUUUGAGGGCCCUUUCGGGAAGAUUGUACACCAGGUUCGGGCCACCAUCGACACACCACGUUUUUCCAAGGACCACCAGUGCAGCUGUGUGUUCUACAUCUUGAGCCCCCUGAACCUGAACAGCAUCCCAGACAUCGAGCAACCCAAUGUGGCCUCCACCACCAAGAAGUUCUCCUACAAGCUGGUGAAGACGGGCAGCGUGGUCCUCACAGCCAGCACUGACCUCCGAGGCUACGUGGUAGGGCAGGUGCUGCGGCUGCAGGCGGACAUUGAGAACCAGUCAGGCAAGGACACCAGCCCGGUGGUGGCCAGUCUGCUGCAGAAAGUGUCCUACAAGGCCAAGCGCUGGAUUUACGACGUGCGGACCAUCGCCGAGGUGGAGGGGGCCGGUGUCAAGGCCUGGCGGCGGGCUCAGUGGCAGGAGCAGGUCCUGGUGCCCGCCCUGCCCCAGUCCGCCCUGCCGGGCUGCAGCCUCAUCCAUGUGGACUACUAUCUGCAGGUGGUAGGGGUCAGGGGUGGGGUGGGAGGAGGGGCCGCAGCCGGGCUCCUCACGUGCGCAACCUCCCUAGGUCUCCCUGAAACAACCGGAAGCUGUUGUGACGCUCCCGGUCUUCAUCGGCAACAUUGCUGUGAACCACGUCCCACUGAGCCCCCGGCCAGGCCCCGGCCUGGUGGUGCCCUCAGCACCGCCCCAGGAGGAGGCAGAGGCUGUGGCCAGCGGCCCUCACUUCUUCUCCGAUCCUGUCUCUCUCUCCACCAAGAGCCACUCCCAGCAGCAGCAGCCGCCUGCAGCCCUUGGCUCUGUGCCCCACAGUGCCCCAGAACCCCGUCCUCAGGAUGGCAGCCCCGCCCCACACCCUCUGCCCCCUCCCUUGUGCAUCUCCACAGGUGCCACUGUGCCCUACUUUGCAGAGGGUUGUGGAGGUCCGGUGCCCACCUCCAGCACCCUGAUCCUCCCCCCGGAGUACAGCUCGUGGGGCUACCCCUAUGAGGCCCCGCCGUCCUACGAGCAGAGCUGUGGUGGUGUGGACCCUGGCUUGACCCCGGGGAGCUGACCCCAUGCCACCUCAUCUGGAUGGGCGGCCCUCUGCCCUGGGACUGGGCUCCCAGGACCUCGUGCCUUCACUCCUGGCCUGGCCCGGCCCACUCAGGACCCGCUGCUGCCCGCUCUUCCCGCGGCCUCUACCUCCGGACCAGCCUCUGCCCCGGCCAGCCUCCUCAGCUCCCCAGCAGUCGGCCUCUCCCAGGGGGUUGGGGCCUAGAGAGACGCGGUGUAAAUAAAGUGCUUCAUUUGUA